AUGUUGACGGGAUUUCUAGUUUUUUUGUUAAUUUUUCUUCACUCAUUCCAGUUUGCACACUCCUCAAGCCUGCUCUGCGGGAGUAAGAAGGAAGUGGAAGUAGGGAGUAAUCUGGGCGCGGGGGCGGCUCUCGCGCUUACUCUCCUGCGCCCGCCGUCCUCCACCUCGAGCAGCCCCUGUCAGCUGCGUCUGAGUGCACCUGAUGCUACUGCCUUCACUUUACGCCUUAUUGAUGUUAAGGACUCGCUAGCAGAAUGGGAGAGAGGAUUGUCCGAUAUCAGCGGGCUUUCGCGCAAGUGGAGCAUGAGGAGUGCGCACGCGCAAGACACUGCCACUGACGAAACAUCGCCUGUCAACAGUGCCAACUCCACUGAUUCGUGUAAACUUCUCGUGUAUAUCGGAGAGUCCAAGACUCCAAUAUGGAGGCUUUCUCUUUGCGGAGGCAACGCAGCGGCCGUUGCAGCUCGGGCUGGGACCAGGCUGCUACCACCAAAGAUUCGCAUAGUAUGGAACCCGCCCGCCACGCCUUACCAUCACACUGAGAAGCUACGAUUGGUGGUCACAGCUGUUAAUAGUGGGGCAGUAUGCAACAGCGAUUCUCAAUUUUCAUGCGGUCUGACGAGCCUGUGUAUAUCCUCGUACUUGCUGUGCGAUGGAGUCCGGCAUUGCCCUGGUGGUGAAGACGAGGAUAGUAACACAUGUUCCCAUAGACGAGACUCUCCUCUCCUGGAGAUGCUGCGGAGAUUUGCAGCCAGGAACCAGGAGCUGUUGGGUUUGGAUCAACCUGAUGGUGUGACAAAACCGUCUGUUAUAAUGAAAAUAACAGAAGGUGAACAGAAACAGAAUGCGUUUAUGGAGUUCGCGGCGGCGUUGAAGCCAUACGGGCCGUGGAGCUACCUCGUGGUGGGCAUGUUGGUGUGCGCCACCAUACUCAUGUUCUGCUUGGCUUGGGAAUGUUGCUGUAAGCGCUCGAAGCCAUCAGACACGCCAAUCAUUCCAGCAUCUUGUAUAGACAUAUCCCCGACCGUCACAGUCACGGCAGCUUCUCAGCAGCUAUUCGACACACAGCCUCCAUCCCCCCCGGAGUACGAGCCUCCUCCCACGUAUUCCUCCUUGUUCCCAAGAGCAUACAAGUCCUCCCCGUCUCCUAUUCCACAUUGCUCUCACCAAGAGCCUGAC